GUAUGUGGCCCUGCAGCGCCGUGUGUGUAAGUGUAAGGUCAUCAAAACCUACACGUGAGCUUGAAGAAAUUAUGAAAUCUUGGAGGUUAUAAAUCCGGCAGGUGCCCGCUUGAGCUUACUAUUGCGCGCUUCGUGUCGGCAAACUCCGACACUCCAUCACCUUCCACUUCGUGACCUUUCUUUGCCAAGUGACAUUUGUUGACUUCCACUCUCAAUUCCUUCCUCUCUCAGGACAGAUUGCACCACUCAAGGUCGUCCCCCAGAAUUCGAAGUUCCGAUCAUGAUCCGAGAUAUUAAGGACUUGGCGAAAGAAUGGCUGGAACUCGACGAGGACAAAACCACUACCGAUGAGAUCUACAAGCUGUUGGUGGAUGGCGAUACCGAUGAACUGGAAAAGAGACUUCGACAUCGCAUUGCCUUCGGAACAGCUGGACUCCGAGGACCUAUGCAGGGUGGCUUCGCUUGCAUGAACUCCCUGACAGUGAUUCAAGCCUCACAAGGACUAGCAGCGUACCUGCUCAAAACCGAAAAGAAUGUCGAGAGACGGGGUGUAGUCGUUGGCCGGGAUGCGAGACACAACUCGGAAAAGUUUGCCAAGCUCACUGCAGCUGCUUUUGUCGCAAAGGGCAUCAAAGUAUGGUGGUAUGAGGAUCCGAGCCACACGCCCAUGGUUCCCUUUGGCGUGCGCGAACUCGACGCCGCUGCUGGCAUCAUGAUUACUGCCAGUCACAACCCGGCCAAAGACAAUGGAUACAAGGUCUACUGGUCGAACGGAUGCCAGAUCAUCCCCCCACAUGACAGCGGAAUCGCCGAAUCUAUCAUGGAGAACCUCAAGCCUGUCACUUGGGACACAACGGUGAUAGAGUCUUCACUUUUGGUGGAGGGAAGUCUGGAUUUGGUUCAAGACAAGUACCACCAAGCCGUUCUAUGCGCCGCACAGCCCGAGCAUGUCAAGGUCAAGAUGGACCCAGAGCUCAGAUUCGUGUACACGCCGAUGCACGGUGUUGGUCUUCCCGCAAUGCAGCGAUGCACAGAGACACUUGGUGUAGCCUCGCAGAUGACCGUGGUGGGGGCGCAAGCACAGCCAGACCCCGACUUUCCCACAGUCAAGUUCCCGAACCCUGAAGAGAAAGGAGCACUCGAUCUGGCAAUCGAAACGGCAGAGAAAUCAUCGAUACGCCUGAUCCUUGCCAGCGAUCCCGAUGCAGACCGACUUGCAGCAGCAGAGAAGGUGGGAGACAAAUGGCAUAUCUUCAGUGGGAACCAACUCGGAGCGCUACUUGGAUCUUAUCUCUUCGAGCGCUACCCAGCGUCGAAACCGCUGGAGAAGCUUGCGAUGCUAGCAUCCACUGUCAGCUCCAGGAUGCUUGCAGCCUUAGCGAAGAAGGAAGGUUUCAAGUUUACCGAGACGUUGACUGGAUUCAAGUGGCUCGGGAACGUAGCGCGACAACUCGAUAGCGAGGGCUACGAUGUCGUCUACGCCUUUGAGGAAGCGCUGGGGUACAUGAUUCCCCAAACAGUACACGACAAGGACUCCAUAAGCGCAGCCGCAGUCUUCCUAACCGCGGCAUCGCAUUGGUCCACACAAGGCCUCACACCCUACGCCAAGCUACAACAGCUCUACCAAUAUCUUGGCUACUUCGAGGACGCAAACACGUACCUCGUAUCGCCAUCGCCAUCCGUGACCACAUCGGUGUUCACAGCCAUCCGCGCAUUGGGCAGCCCCCACCCGACGUCGAUUGGCUCCCGCCAGAUCGCGCGUUGGCGAGACCUGACCCUGGGCUAUGACUCAAAGAGCAAGGACCACAAGCCCGAUCUACCGGUUGAUGUCACUAGCCAGAUGAUCACCUGUGAGUUGGAUGACGGGGCUGUGUUUACAGUCAGAGGCAGCGGGACGGAACCGAAGAUUAAGCUUUAUAUUGAGUGCCAGGGGAAGAGUAGUGAGGAGGCGAAGAAGGGCGCUAAUGAGAUUUUGGGGGAUCUUUUGAGGGAGUGGUUUAAACCUGAGGAGAACGGGUUGAGAUUGGCUUAGAUACCGCUGUGAUUACCAAGGUUUGAAGCGAGAGAGUAUUCUAUGAACAAUGCAAGCAUCUCGUUGGGAGUUAAAAUGCUCGUGCGAUUGUUCAACGAUAGUAUGCUAGCAAGCACAUUGUUCGUAUCCAGAAACUCUUACAUGUAUUGAGGAUAUCAUCUUCUUCGUCGUCUACCUUGGAUCAACCCGGU